GCAGCAAAAGUGGUUGGAGUGCCGACCGCGCGAAUCCAUGGGCUCCCGAGGCCCUGUGUUCGUGGAAAGGGGGUCCGAGAGGACGUUCUUUAUAGCUGCUCCUUGCUUUUUCCAUUACGCGACAGCUCCGUUUGCACGAAAACUCUGGGUUUUUGUCGCCACCGCCCACCUGAGGCUCUUCCGCUUCCCCUUUUUCCAAGGCUCCGCCCCCAGCGUCCUGUGGCUAUGACGACCGCUCCGCGGGAUUCAGUAGUGUGGAAGCUCGCCGGGCUGUUGCGGGAUUCGGGGGACACAGUUCUCUCUGGCUGCAGCACACUGAGCCUGCUAACAGGCACACUGCAACAACUGAACAGAGUGUUUGAACUGUACCUGGGGCCAUGGGGCCCUGGCCAGACGGGCUUUGUGGCUCUUCCCUCCCAUCCUGCCGACUCACCCACCAUCCUCCAGCUCCAGUUCCUCUUCGAUGUGCUGCAGAAGACGCUUUCACUCAAGCUGGUCCACAUCCCUGGUGUUGGCCUUCCAGGGCCCAUCAAGAUUUUCCCCUUCAAGUCUCUUCGACAGCUGGAGCUUCGAGGAGUCCCCAUCCACAGCCUGCAUGGUCUCCGUAGCAUCUACUCACAGCUGGAGUCUCUGGUUUGUAGCAGGAGCAUCCAGGCACUAGAGGAGCUCUUGUCAACCUGUGGUGGCGACCUGUGCUCUGCCCUUCCCUGGCUAGCUUUGCUUUCCGCGGACUUCAGCUACAACGCUCUCACCAGCUUAGACAGCUCCUUGCGUCUCCUGUCAGCUCUUCGCUUCCUCAACCUGAGCCACAAUCAUAUCCAGGACUGCAAAGGCUUCCUGAUGGAUUUAUCCGAGCUGUACCAUUUGGACAUCUCCUAUAACCACCUGCACUUGGUGCCAAGAGUAGGACCUUCAGGGGCGGCCCUGGGGAUUUUGAUACUGCGAGCCAAUGAGCUUCAGAGCCUUCAAGGCCUGGAACAGCUGAGGAACCUGCGACACCUUGAUGUGGCCUAUAAUCUUCUAGAAAGACACACAGAGCUGUCACCACUGUGGCUGCUGACUGAGCUCCGUAAGCUCUAUCUGGAAGGUAACCCUUUGUCAUUCCACCCAGCACACCGUGCAACCACUGCUCAGUACUUGUCACUUCGGGCCAGAGAUGCUGCUCAUGGCUUCUUGCUUGAUGGCGAGGUUUUGUCACUGAAGAAUCUUCAGACUUCAGAAUCUUCAGGGCUUGGUCCCGUGGCCCAACCUCCGUCCUGGCUAGUGGGGAGCACCACUGAAACCUCAGGUGGCCCUGAGUUGAGUGAUAGCCUCUCCUCAGGGGGCAUUGUGGCCCAGGCCCCACUUCGUAAGGUAAAGAGCCGAGUCCGUGUGAGGCGGCCUAGCAUCUCUGAGCCCAGUGACACAGACCCAGAGCUCCGAACUCUGGAUCCCUCUCCAGCUGGGUGGUUUGUACAACAACACCGGGAACUUGAGCUGCUGAACAGCUUCCGGGAGCGAUUUGGCUGUGACUGGCUGCAGUACAGGAGCCACGUGGAGACCUUGGGGAGCCCCCCUCUUGCCACCACCAAGACUCCUGCCCUUAGCACGCCCAAGGAUACCCAGAACCUAGAGACUGCGUGCAGCCCUCCAGCCGCAGUGGAAGCUGGGGACACUAAGGAGUCACCACAGAUGACAGAGGAGGACAGGGUGGAACCAGAGCUCCAUGAAGAAGAGAGGGAAGAACAAGAUGAAGAAGAGGGAUCGAGAGAGGACCUGGAGGAGGAAGAGGAGCAGGAACAGAAGGAAGUGGAAGCGGAGCUCUGCCGCCCCAUGUUGGUGUGUCCCCUGCAGGGGCUUAGGGGCAUGCAGGACAAGGAAUGCUUUCUCCGAGUGACUUCUGCCCACUUGUUUGAGGUGGAGCUCCGAGCAGCCCGGACUCUGGAGCGGCUGGAGCUGCAGAGCCUGGUGGCAGCUGAGCUAGAGUCGGAGACUGAGAGUCCAAGAGAACGGGUGCCCGAGGGCUCAGGUCCACCCCCUGGGGCUCCGAUUCUUGUUCUGCGCUUUUCCUACUUUUGUCCUGACCGGAAGUUGCGCCGCUACGCUGUGCUGGAGCCAGAGGCCCACGAGGCCAUCCAGGAGCUGCUUGCUGUGCUGACCCCGUUCACCAGUGUGAAAGAGCAGCAGCCUGGGGAGGCCAGGGACCCACGGAGAGGCAGAUUCCAGUGUCUGCGUUGUAGCUUUGAGUUCAAGCCAGAUGAACCCAGUUUGGGUCUGGAGAGUGAGGAAGGCUGGAAGCCUCUGUUUCAAGACCCAGAAUCUCCUGUUGUGUGUCCAAACUGUGGGAGUGACCAUGUAGUUCUCUUGGCCGUGUCUGGGGAAAUCCCUAAUAGAGAGCAGAACCCGGAAGACAAACCACCAGAUCCCCCCGGGUACCCUGGCCCUGCCUGUGACCUUGAUAACCACAGUGACCAUCCCAGCGGGUCUGAUGGCACCCCACCUCAGGCAUCUGUAUCUCAUGGCCGUAGCAGCUGGAGCCUCAGUCCAACUCCUGGACACUCUGGUCUUCGCUCUGUGGACCACCGCCUCCGGCUCUUCCUGGAUGUUGAGGUGUUCAGUGACUCUGAGGAGGAGUUCCAGUGCUGUAUCAAGGUGCCAGUGGUGUUAGCAGGCCACAUGGGGGAGUUUCUGUGCCUUGUGGUUGUGUCUGACCACAGGCUUUACCUGUUGAAGGUGACAGGGGCUAUCUGUGGGCCUCCCGCUAGCUGGCUCCAGUCCACCCUGGCCAUUCCUCUACAGGAUCUGAGUGGCAUGGAGCUUGGCCUUGCAGGCCAGAGCCUUCGGUUGGAGUGGUCAGCUGGGACAGGCAGUUGUGUAUUGCUGCCCCGAGAUGCCAGGCAUUGCCGUGCCUUCCUUGAGGAGCUCACUGGUGUUUUGCAGGCUUUGCCUCGCACCCAGAGGAACUGCAUCAGUGCCACGGAGGAGGAGGUGACCCCGCAGCAUCGGCUCUGGCCAUUGCUGGGAAAAGAAACUUCUGCAGAGGUUCCUCAGUUCUUCUACCUUCGGGCCUUCCUGGCCGAAGGCUCGUCUACCUGCCCUGUGUCCCUGUUGCUGACGCUGUCCACACUAUACCUAUUAGAUGAAGACCCUGCAGGGUCCCAGGCAGAGUCCCCCCUCCCAGUGGUGUCUGGGGAAGCCUCUGAGCAGGCCCCUCCUCGGGGGCAAGGUCCUUCCAUGCAGGUCAGGGAGCAGCAGCCACUCAGUAGUCUGAGCUCUGUGCAGCUGUAUCGCACAAGCCCUUUGGACUUGCGGCUUAUCUUCUAUGAUGAGGUGUCUCGAUUGGAGAGUUUCUGGGCACUCCGUGUUGUGUGUGGGGAGCAGCUGACAGCCCUCUUGGCCUGGAUCCGGGAGCCCUGGGAAGAGCUGUUCUCCAUUGGACUACGGACUGUAACCCAGGAGGCUCUGGACCUCGACCGAUGAGGCGUCUCCACUGAGCUCGCCUGACUCAGGAGUUCACUGCAGAAGUCCCUUCUUCUGACCUCUGGGCCUGUCUUCUUGCCUGGCUGCAGACCUCCCCAGCGGCUGGCCACUGGCUAGUGAGGCCCCAGAUAACCCACAGCUUAAGAGAAGGACAGAGAAAUGAUCUGGUCCUUGGGUGGUCUCCCGAGUAGAGCAGGCUCAGGAGUCAGUGAAAGUGUCUCUCCAGCGCUUCUCUCAGGUAUCAGUCAAGUUGUUUCCAUGCCAGGUGUCCUGGGUGGUGGUACAUAGUAAUGUUGCCUGUGAAGCCUGCCAUGCCCGAAUUCCUUCCUGGAAGCAACCUUGUUUGCACUAUGAGACCGUCUCCAGUCCUUCUCCAGCAAAGUAGGACCCAUCAGGUGGCCUUGCAUGGGAUCACUGCCUGUCAAAAAGUUAGGUCUCUUAAGAUUUUGUGUUCUUUUUGAGACAGGGUCUCACUGUGUAACCUUGGCUAGCCUGGAACUUGCUAUAUAGACCAGGCUGGCCUUGAACUCAUAAAGAGAUCUGCCUGCCUCUGUCUUCUAAGUGCUGGGAAUUAAUGGUGUGAGCCAUCAGAGUUUACGUUUUAAAUAAAGACCUGCAAUAAAAAGUGAGAUUCUGUCCUUGCUGACUCUGUAAAUUACCUAUAGAACCAAGCAUUGUACCAUUGCGGAAAU